AUGGGAGGCAACUUUGACUACCAUCAACAUUUUAGGCUGGAAAAUCACUUCUUUAUUGAUCCGAAGAAGAUCAUGAAGUUCUGGAGAAAUAAUGGUAAAAAGUGGAGGAAACACUGGUUCUUGGACAAUGGAAGCACUUUUCUCAAAGAGCUCAUUGCUGGAUGCAACGGCAAAACCAAUCCUAUCCGAAGCUUUUCUUCCGAUCAGAUCCUCAAGGCCACAAAUGGCUUCGACCCAAGCCGCUAUGUCACUAGUGACCUUUACUUCACCUGGUUCACAGGUAGCAUCGAAGACAGAUCUUACAUGAUCAAGAUGUUUCCGGAGGAGAAAGUCAGAGGAGAUGGAGAUGGAAUUGGAGCUGUUUACAACGACAUUGUCAUAUCUGCUCGUGUUACCAAUCACAGUAAUUUCCUGAAGCUAUUGGGAUGCUGUCUCGAGUUCCCUUGUCCGGUUCUGGUGUUUGAAGACGCAGAAAACGGAGCUCUAGGCCACCAAGGAGGUAUCGGUUCCAAGGACACAGAGUUCUUGCCUUGGGAUGUAAGAUUAAAAGUGGCAAAGGAGAUCGCAAAUGCAGUAACUUAUCUUCACACGGAGUUCCCCAGGAUCAUUGUGCACAGAAACAUAACUCCCAUGAAUGUUUUCUUGGACAAGAACUGGACUGCUAAGCUGUCUGAUUUCUCGCUUGCUCUAACUCUCCCGGAAGGGAAAUCCCAAAUGGAAGAUCAAGUGAUGGGAUGGCCUGGAUACUUGGAUCCUUCGUAUCUCCAAACAAGUAUCGUUACAGAGUAUGCUGAUGUUUAUAGCUUUGGAAUCUUUAUGAUGGUUCUUCUUAUUGGAAGACAUGGUAUGGCUCCUCGAUCAGAUGUGCGCUUCAUCGAUAUCCGUAACUACGUAAGAGGCUUACAAGAGAAAGGCGAGUUUGUCGAGACCAUAUACCGGGUUGGAGUGAGAGAUAUUGCGGAGGCUGUAAGAUCUCAGGUGGACAAGUUUGUGGAGUUAACGUUCAGAUGCUGCGAGAAGAGUGUGAAGAAUAGACCGAAGAUGAUCGAUGUCGCCAAGGAGCUCAAACGGAUUGAGAGAUCACUAAGUUGA